AUGUUGGCGACGUGUGACACGCACUUCAGAGCACACUUCUGCCUGGGACUGCCUGGGAGGGCAACGAGUGGGCAGAUAAGGACUUAUCUGCUCGAGUGCCAUCUUUGGAAAGCUGCAAGAGAUUCAGGGUGAACUCGAGAGUAUGAUGCACCCCCUCUAACAAGACAGGGCUGUUGUCUGCUGUCAUCUGAAAACCUUGAGAGGAAAGCCUGCCUAAGGCUUUGCAGGGUGAGGAAGUUUACUGAGUAUUCAGUGCAGGCUUGUAUUUCUCUGUCCCAAGUUUUGUAGCAUAAUAUGGAUUUGACAUCAUCACAACAUAAUCAUCUACAAAAUGAACGGAUAAGAGCACUGGAAAGACAAGAAGGGGGAAAAGAAGACGAACAGAUAAUUGCUGAAAUCAUGAGAAGGCGUUUUUUUCCUGCUGUCAUAACUAAUAAGCCCUGGGAAGGCUUUCACUUUGCUGGCCAUGAGAUAAGAAUUACAGAAGCCACUGAUUGCUACGGGGCUGUCGUCUGGCCAUCGGCUCUUGUUCUGUGUUAUUUUUUGGAAACUAAUUCUAAACAAUACAAUUUGGUUGACAAAAAUGUGAUUGAAAUUGGAGCUGGAACUGGGUUGGUCUCCAUAGUAGCCAGUUUACUGGGUGCACUUGUGACUGCCACUGAUUUGCCAGAACUGCUAGGAAACCUUGAGUACAAUGUUCUCCAAAAUACAAAGCUGAAAUGCAAGCAUCGGCCUUGUGUUAAGGAGUUGUCUUGGGGAAUUGAUCUGGAAAAGAACUUUCCUAAGUCUUCUUGUCACUUUGACUACAUUAUGGCUGCUGAUGUAGUUUACCACCAUCCCUUCUUGGAUGAACUUCUCCUAACUUUUGAUCACUUGUGCAAGAAUGACACUGUUAUUCUGUGGGCUAUGAAAUUUAGGUUUGACAAAGAGAACCAGUUUGUGGACAGAUUUCAGACACUUUUUGACUUGGAGGCAAUUUCUGAUUUCCCCAGUUUGAACAUAACCUUAUAUAAGGCAAUGAGGAGAGGCAGGAUGAAAGUCAGACCUUCCAAAGUGGCGGUCUGAGAGAUACAAGUAGGUUGCACUUUUGGCUGCUCUGCAGCUGAUUAUCUUUUUAAUAAUUUCCAUGUUAGUAGCUGCUGGCACCUGCAUGAAUGAAAUUUUUAGAGAUAGCUAAAACAAAACAUCAGAUUCCUAGUGCAUGCCUGUCAGAUUCCUAAAUUUGACUUGCUUUUAGCUUUAUCCACAGAAGAAAUGGAUGUUUGAUGUUUUCUUGACUUUUAUGUGCUACGCUGACAACACUCAUAAUUUUCACAAGUCUUGCAAUUAUCCUUACUAGAUGUGUAACACAUAUUUCCAAUAACUUUCAAUUGCAGCUUUGAACAGUGUUGCAUAAGAUCAACCAAUCUUUUAAAACUUAAGACUGUGAUAAAUGUUUGCAUUUAAAAGUUGUGGUGUGAAAUCUGUUCUUUCCCCAUUCUUGCUAUGAUGUAAAUCUUUCCUUUGAAUAGCCUUUAUAGGACACUAAAUUAGCUGGAAAAAUUCCCCACCUGGGAAAUACACUGUUAUAAUAAAGGGACAGAAUUUAUUAGUUACUCUUUGAUUCAACGUUUAUGCUUUCUUCCCCUUCCAUUUUUAUUGAGAUUCAGGGAUUCUUCAGCAGAUAGCCAGACACAUGAGACAAGUGGGAAUUAAAUGUUUUGUUGCUUGAAUAAAGGUCUUGAAACAGAAGAGUAAAGCAUAUCACCAGCUGCCCUUUGCAAAGACCUUGAAUUCUUGGAGUUUUGCCCCUGCAAAAAUUAACGAUUAUCUGGACCUCAGGGAAUAACAAUGAAAAUGCAACAGUGGCCAUCAAGAGAGGAGUUUUGUGCUGUCUGGUAGUGGACAAAAAAAUACUUAUCUCCUAGCCACUCAAUACUGUGUGUUCCUGUUUUCAGUAGUCAGACUGAUGUGCUGAAAGCCUAUCAGAGAACUGUCUUUUGGGAAGAGUAAUAAAAUAAUUCUUUGGACACCCAGA